AGUUUAAAUAGACUAUCUACGAAAGCGCUGCGAGCUGCUGAGCUGAGGAAAACAAAAUACCAAUACACGUACACGUUGUAAACCACUGCACUAUUACACUGCAUUGCAAGGAAGCCUUUCUCGAUUCUUGCAUUGCAAUAUUGGUUGUCCUGCUGAGCUGAACGACCUGUCGGCUUCACUCUGAUUGGAAUGGAAGUGAAGUAUAAGAAUUUUUUUAAUGAAUCUCCUGCAAAAAACGAUUAUCCUAUCCUGUCUACCACUACCAGUCAUAUGCCUGGCUGUACUGAAUACUGCUAAGUGCUAUGCCACUCGACACUGACUUUUUUUACACGAGUCAUGAGACAUGAUGCUGAACUUAGGUGAAUGGUAAUAAAAUCCUAACCUUGUUCAUUGAAUGAGUGAGUGAAUGCUGUCCUGAAGUGAACCGUUGAUGAUACACGAUGCUGGGUCGCCGUGCUCAUCAAGGCAUCUGGCCUGGUCGGUCUUGAUUGAUCUACUGUUCAAAAGAAAAGAAAAUUAUUUUAAGACCAAGGCAGGUUUGCUUCCCCUGACGGAACAUGGAUCUAAACGAAGAGGAGGGUGAUUCUACAUGGGAGUUUUAUUCCCAGCAUGUACUGACCACCGCAGCAGGACUUUUGUUGCUUUUAUACAUCUUCAUCAAAGGAAGGAAAGCAGAGACAUCAGAACAGGAUGCAAAGAAAGCAGAUGAAGUAUCAAAGCCCGAUGUAUUGGGAGACUACGCUCAAUGUCAUCAACCAGACUGUGUCAGAUGUAAACCAAGGAAAGACAAUCACCUGCUGUGGAACGAAAGACUUGGAGAGUUUUUGGAGAAGCAAUGCUCGGAGAACCAACUCUUCCUUAAAGAUUUAUGCGCAAGCUUUCGACAAGACACGCUAGGAGGAUGUAUGGAUGGUGUAUCUGACAAAGCUGACAUUGAGGAGAAAACGAUAAAGCUUCAAAAUCCAAUGGUUUACUCCUAUCCCAUACUUCAAGGCUACCCAUGGUAUGACAUUGAGGCUGUAUCUAGCAAAGCGCAUAGGAGUGACGUUCAUAUAUUAAAAGACAAGUUUGGAGUCAUCAAACAGGAGUUUGAAAGCAUUUAUGCAAGAUAUUUGGAAGGUGACAGCAGCGGGUGGUCUGUGAAUAAUGUACCCUCUGGGUCGUGGAAUGUCUUCCAUCUGUUUAACCAAGGCAGAAGGAUAGAGGAUAACUGCUUGAAAUGUGCAAGGACUGUGAAAGUAUUAGAGAAGUUGGAGACCUUCAUGCAGGGAGUGUCAUUUGGAUACGCCUGCUUCUCUGUUCUACAGCCAGGUUCCCACAUAUCCCCUCACUACGGACCAUGUAAUAUCCGCCUUAGGUGUCAUUUAGGCAUUCAGAUCCCAGAUAAUUGCUCAUUGACAGUGGCUGGUGAAUGCAAGCAAUGGAAAGAAGAGGAUUGUCUCUUGUUUGAUGACUCCUUUUUACAUGAAGCAGUCAAUGCAAAUGAAGGAUCAGUGAACGGUAUUGAUGGGUCAAGGGUCAUUCUAAUGGUUGACCUUUGGCACCCUGACCUCAGUGAUUUAGAAAAGGAAGCUUUCAGAGAUGUCUUCUGCUGAACUUUGUUGAUGCCAAAGAGGACUGAAAUAAUAAUAUUAAUAACAUUGACAAAUAUCCUGGCCAAGGAUCGACCUGGAAGCUGUUUCAGAAAGAUAAACAUUUUCAAAUUGUGCUUCAAUAAUUGUAUUGAUGUUUUAUCAAUUUAUUCCUGGUUAUUUAUCUUGUAUACCUCAAAUACAAUGAGGAGAUACUAAUAAAUAAGAGCUAUAAAUACUAAAAAAAGAUUUUCUUAAUUAUUUUUUGUCAGUUUUUCACCGAAAAUGUGCUUAGAUGCUUUUUGGUAUUUUGCUAGUGUUGAAAGCAAGUUUGUGGUGGACAGGCCAAUUGAUACUUCAUAAAGUGAAAUAAAAACAGGCGCAAGUCAUCUGCGGGGACCUCUAGGUAGUACAAAUUGUCCCCCUCAAGUUACACACAAGGCUUGCCCAGGCUGACACUUUCAUACAUUACAUAUUCUGAAUUAUACAAUGACAUGCCAUAUACUACUUAUGUAUCUUCCAUAAAAAAAUGACACCAAGAAUUAUUGAUGAUUUAUCCUAUCUUAAUCGUAAACAAUUAUAAUUGACAAAUGACAUAUUGUACCUCAGUUCUUAGAAAUGCCUAAUACCAUUUAGUCUCUAUGCAUGUGGAAAGGUUGACUUAUAAUUGAAAGCUCCCACAUGUUGUUCUAAAAUGGACCAAACAUAUUUAUAAACAUUAUUCAGGGUAUUCUCAGGUAUGCUGUACAGGUAUAUAUUUUCCGAAGGAAUUACCUUCCCCCUCAAUGUAUAUGGUUUUAAAUCCCCUCUCUCAUACCCCAGUAUAAAAAUCAUGGGGAGUUUUAUGGUGAUAUACUAAAGGUUGAUUAAUAUCUGAUUUAUAUUCUUUUAAUACUACAAAGGGAAAUUACAAAAGUAAAAAUUGUGACAAGAUAGAGAAACGACCCAAACAGGUCUAUGGUAAUAUGCUAAAGAAGAAUCUGAAAAUUGUUCCAUUCAGUAGUGUCCCAUUACAUUUUAAUGCCUAUUAGAAGUAAAGUACGAAGGCUCUGGGAAACUGAUUGUGUUUAUGAACACAGAUUUAUCAUAUUAUAGUAGGGGUUUUCAAAUACGACCCUUCUUGAGCUCAUGUAGGGUUAAGGGAAUACAAUCUUUUGCCUCCCCUCCCCCUUCUUGAGACUAUGCCAUGGGUAAUUCAGUACAUGCAUUGUUUAGAAUAUAUGACCAAGCUCAGCAUUUUCAGCUACAUGUAUCACACAACUAUCAAAGGGCAUUCUUGCCUGAAAUUGGACAAACUACUUGUGAUAUAUUUUGUGCUAACUUUUUUAUAGGAAUUCAAAUUUUCCCUUUUUGUAGCAAAGCAACUAUCUAGAUUUUUAUUGAAUUUAAAUGGUGGUAAUCUUGGUUGCUAAGUUUGCCCGAACUAUAUCUGAACAGGCUUUAGGAAAGUGAGACCCAUUAAAAAAAAAAAGGGGGGGGGUAUGAUUAACUGACACACAAAGUAAACAGUAAUUGCACAAAAAUCAUAAGUAGAUCUCAUUCUGAAGAGUUGCAAUAAACGCGGAUUUAUUUCACAUCAAAAUCAGAAAAUAUGGUAUAAAAUUUGCAAUAUAAACUGUUAUGUAAAAUGACACAAAUUUCUUAUAUAAAAGAUAACAGUAAUUAUGAUAGUACAUUAUGAACUGUUAACGACACUUGAACUUGCAUCUCUAUUUUGUUUACACAGUGUGUCACAGAAAAAAAUUGAGAAUUAUUCAUAUUUCAUCAGAUGUGAUUAACUAAUGAUAUUUCACUGUAAACCUUAUUUAGUUUCACUUCUUUCAUCUGAUGCAACUCACAUGACACAUACUACUCAUGAGUAACAUUCUUUUAAGAAAGCACAUAAAAAAUCAUUUGGCUGAUGGUAUCUGAAAAUCACAAACAAACAACAAUGUUCUAUUUUCUUGAAAUAAUGAUACUUUCACAAGCUGACCUUUGGACAAACUCACCACCUCUUUUUGUUGUCAAUCAACCUCACAUCAAUUCCUUUGGGAACCAUGAUAUUGCUAUGUUAGGCAAUCAGAGAAAAAUGCAUGUAUUUAAUGAAAUUAAACAAAUGCUUGUAUUUGGAGAAAAAAAAGUAGAACUUUGUUAUCCUUGUUUAUUUUCUUUGAAUGAAAGGGCACAUGUGGAACUUCUGAGACGUGAUUUUUUUAAAAAAUUUAGAUACCAUCCACCAAAUGACUAUGGUAUCCUUUCUUUAAAUUGUUUUACUCACUGAUGUGUGGUUGAAGCAUCAUAUGAGUUGCAACAAAUU